AUGGUUGCAAUCACGAAUAUUUUGUACACAACACAUAAGAGUAAAGUCAGCGUCACAACUGGAGAAGUUGAAGAAGUUGGAGAAGUUGAAAAAGUUGAAGAAGUUCGAGUUGGAGAAGUUGAAGUUGAAGAAGUUGAAAAGGUUGGAGUAGUUGAAGGUGGAGAAGUUGAAGGUGGAGAAGUUGAAGGUGGAGAAGUUGAAGGUGGAGAAGUUGAAGAAGGUGGAGAAGGCGGAGAAGUUGAAGAAGGUGGAGAAGGCGGAGAAGUUGAAGAAGUUGAAGUUGAAGAAGUUGAAGAAGUAGGAGUUGAAGUUGAAGAAGUUGAAAAGGUUGGAGAAGUUGAAGUUGAUGAAGUAGGAGUAGUUGAAAAGGUUGAAGAAGUAGGAGUAGUUGAAGUUGAAGAAUUGAAAAGGUUGGAGAAGUUGAAGAAGUAG